AUGAGUUUGAAUGAACACGCCACAAAUGAUUCUAUUUGCCUCAGAGAAUUCGGAAAUUCACUUACCGGGGCAGCUUUCUCGUGGUUCGUAUGGAUUGAAGAAAACAGGAUCUCGACGUGGAACGAAAUGCGAACUCAAUUUAUGAAGAAAUUUUACUCUCGGCAGAAGAAGCUUACCAUCUCAAACAUCUGUAACCAUAAAUUCAAGCCGAGAGGGAAGUACUUAGAUUUUGCGAGGAGUUUCCGGGGAGAGUGUCUUCGUAGCAAUGUGAAAAUUCCUGAGAAGGAACUUGUCAAGAUAGGCAUCAGCCGGUUGCUGGCAGAACUUAGCUUUAUUCUCGCAGCAGUUAGGCUAGAAACCUUUGCAGACUUCAAAGACGCAUGUUCUCGGGCAGAUGGCGCGGCGGAAUUCAAAACAUCUGAAGCCAAACAAUGGGGACACUCAGCGGCAUACGCCAAGGAUGAAGGCGCCAACGGACAAAGGAAAAGACAAGCUAGCUUUAGAUAUGGGAAAUGCUACAAGAGAAGCAGUGACUCAAGCGAAGUGGUAGAGCCCCCAGACUUCCCAUGUCCGCUAGAAGUUGCAAUCGAACUUUUGGAAGAGUGGCGUAAGGACGGGGACAAGACCCUCCCCUUUCCUGCGAAAGAACCAACAGAACAAGAAAAACGUCACCCAAGGUACUGCCACUUCCACCAAAAGACAGAGGAGUGGGAAAAUCGAUUUUGUCACAAAGACACAUAUUCAGAAGGAUCCCUUGCCACGGCAAGUCUUCAUGAACCUGAGGCAACCACGGGAGAAGUUUGUGUCGUGUCUGAGGCAGAUGACAAUCAAUACAUUGCAGCCACGGUCGCCAAAAAACCACUGUUUGCAGCAUUUUUCGAUACUCUGAACUUCACAGCUGAACAACGUCAUCUUGCAUUAAUCAUUCUAACCAAGAUAGCUGUGAAUGAGGAAAUACACCAGUAUCUGGACCGCGGGUACCCGCUCCCAACUGAUAUCAUUACCUUUUCAGAAAAAGACCGUACAGCGGAUUGCGACCAUACAAGACCCUUGUAUAUAACAGUGGAAAUUCGAAAGCAUAAGUUCAAAAGAGCCUUUGUUGACACACGGGCAUCACUUAACUUGAUCCCAUUACAUGUCGUCGAAAGCAUCAGGGUUAAAGAAGAAGACAUCAACAAAUUUGCCACUAGUAUCCAAGGGUUCGGGGGAAUCACACAACAUACAAUAGGGACUAUUAAGCUAAAAAUCCAAGUAGGACCUAUCCAAGCUAGUGAACCCUUUUAUGUUAUGGAUGUGCACCCAACUUACCAUUUACUCCUGGGAAGGCCGUGGUUACACAAACACGGAAUUGUGCCCUCUACUUACCACCAAUGCAUUAAGUUCAUUCUGAAGGGAAAGAAGAAACGCGUCCCGGCCUCAGUAGAUCCAUUCACAACUGAGGAAGCACACUUAGCAGAAGCGACAUUCUACAACGGAUUAAGUGAACCAAGCGAGGUAAUUGCACACAUCUACUCGACCCCGAUCCCAGAUUGGGAAACCACUUACGCCAAUCCAACCAUGGAUAACACUGCCAAACGCACCCAAGUUCACAAGGAUGAGAGAAGACAAUUUUGGAAAACUACUCGUCCGGAUGGCGGACAUGUCUACAAACGUUAA